GCCCAGGAGGGUGGAUGAAGUAGGGCCUCAGCACAGCUCAUCCCACCGAGCAGGCCGGACCCUGAGUUCCUGGCUUGCACUGAAGGGUCUGGAUCUGAAGACAGCAUGUACACAGCCAUUCCCCAGAGUGGCUCUCCAUUCCCAGGCUCAGUGCAGGAUCCAGGCCUGCAUGUGUGGCGGGUGGAGAAGCUGAAGCCAGUGCCCGUGGCACGAGAGAACCAGGGCAUCUUCUUCUCGGGGGACUCCUACCUAGUGCUGCACAAUGGCCCAGAAGAGGUUUCCCAUCUGCACCUGUGGAUAGGUCAGCAGUCAUCCCGGGAUGAGCAGGGGGCCUGUGCCGUGCUGGCUGUGCACCUCAACACGCUGCUGGGAGAGCGGCCUGUGCAGCACCGCGAGGUGCAGGGCAAUGAGUCCGACCUCUUCAUGAGCUACUUCCCACGAGGCCUCAAGUACCAGGAAGGUGGUGUGGAGUCAGCAUUUCACAAGACCUCCACAGGAGCCCCAGCUGCCAUCAAGAAACUCUACCAGGUGAAGGGGAAGAAGAACAUCCGUGCCACCGAGCGGGCACUGAACUGGGACAGCUUCAACACUGGGGACUGCUUCAUCCUGGACCUGGGCCAGAACAUCUUCGCCUGGUGUGGUGGAAAGUCCAACAUCCUGGAACGCAACAAGGCGAGGGACCUGGCCCUGGCCAUCCGGGACAGUGAGCGACAGGGCAAGGCCCAGGUGGAGAUUGUCACUGAUGGGGAGGAGCCUGCUGAGAUGAUCCAGGUCCUGGGCCCCAAGCCUGCUCUGAAGGAGGGCAACCCCGAGGAAGAUCUCACAGCUGACAAGGCAAACGCCCAGGCCGCAGCUCUGUAUAAGGUCUCUGAUGCCACUGGACAGAUGAAUCUGACCAAGGUGGCCGACUCCAGCCCCUUUGCCCUUGAACUGCUGAUAUCUGAUGACUGCUUCGUGCUGGACAACGGGCUCUGUGGCAAGAUCUAUAUCUGGAAGGGGCGAAAAGCGAAUGAGAAGGAGCGGCAGGCGGCCCUGCAAGUGGCCGAGGGCUUCAUCUCGCGCAUGCAGUACGCCCUGAACACCCAGGUGGAGAUUCUGCCCCAGGGCCGUGAGAGUCCCAUCUUCAAGCAAUUUUUCAAGGACUGGAAAUGAGGGUGGGCGUCUUCCUGCCCCAUGCUUCUCUGCCCCCCACCGCCUGCCUACUUGCUUCUCUGGCUGCCUGGUCAGUGCAGAGGUGCCCCCUGCAGGUGUUCAAUAAAGGAGACAAGUGCUUUCCCAGCUCUUUUCCUGCA